UCUGCUCGAGCCCAGGAAAGGCCUGAAGGAAGAGGCCGGGGAAAGAGCCCUCCCUCUCUCCCUUGUCCCUCCAUCCACCCAGCGGCGGCAUCUGGAGACCCUAUGGCCCGGGCUCACUGGGGCUGCUGCCCCUGGCUGGUCCUCCUCUGUGCUUGUGCCUGGGGCCACCCAAAGCCAGUGGACCUUGGAGGGCAGGAUGUGAGAAACUGUUCCACCAACCCCCCUUACCUUCCAGUUACUGUGGUCAAUACCACAAUGUCACUCACAGCCCUCCGCCAGCAGAUGCAGACCCAGAAUCUCUCAGCCUACAUCAUCCCAGACACAGAUGCUCACAUGAACGAGUACAUCGGCCAACAUGACGAGAGGCGUGCGUGGAUUACAGGCUUUACAGGGUCUGCAGGAACUGCAGUGGUGACUAUGAAGAAAGCAGCUGUCUGGACCGACAGUCGCUACUGGACUCAGGCUGAGCGGCAGAUGGACUGCAACUGGGAGCUCCAUAAGGAAGUUGGCACCACUCCUAUUGUCACCUGGCUCCUCACUGAGAUUCCCGCUGGAGGGCGUGUGGGUUUUGACCCCUUCCUCUUGUCCAUUGACACCUGGGAGAGUUAUGAUCUGGCCCUCCAAGGCUCUAACAGACAGCUGGUGUCCAUCACAACCAAUCUUGUGGACCUGGUAUGGGGAUCAGAGAGGCCACCGGUUCCAAAUCAACCCAUUUAUGCCCUGCAGGAGGCAUUCACAGGGAGCACUUGGCAGGAGAAAGUAUCUGGCGUCCGAAGCCAGAUGCAGAAGCAUCAAAAGGCCCCGACUGCCGUCCUUCUGUCGGCGCUUGAGGAGACGGCCUGGCUCUUCAACCUUCGAGCCAGUGACAUCCCCUAUAACCCCUUCUUCUAUUCCUACACGCUGCUCACAGACUCUUCUAUUAGGUUGUUUGCAAACAAGAGUCGCUUUAGCUCCGAAACCUUGAGCUAUCUGAACUCCAGUUGCACAGGCCCCAUGUGUGUGCAAAUCGAGGAUUACAGCCAAGUUCGUGACAGCAUCCAGGCCUACGCAUUGGGAGAUGUGAGGAUCUGGAUCGGGACCAGCUAUACCAUGUAUGGGAUCUAUGAAGUGAUACCCAAGGAGAAACUCGUGACAGACACCUACUCCCCAGUGAUGAUGACCAAGGCAGUGAAGAACAGCAAGGAGCAGACCCUCCUCAAGGCCAGCCACGUGCGGGACGCUGUGGCUGUGAUCCGGUACUUGGUCUGGCUGGAGAAGAACGUGCCCAAAGGCACAGUGGAUGAGUUCUCGGGGGCAGAGCUCGUGGACAAGUUCCGAGGAGAAGAACAGUUCUCCUCCGGACCCAGUUUUGAAACCAUCUCUGCUAGUGGCCUGAAUGCUGCCCUGGCCCACUACAGCCCGACCAAGGAGCUGAACCGCAAGCUGUCCUCAGAUGAGAUGUACCUGCUGGACUCUGGGGGGCAGUACUGGGACGGGACCACAGACAUCACCAGAACAGUCCACUGGGGCACCCCCUCUGCCUUCCAGAAGGAGGCAUACACCCGUGUGCUGAUAGGAAAUAUUGACCUGUCCAGGCUCAUCUUUCCCGCUGCUACAUCAGGGCGAAUGGUGGAGGCCUUUGCCCGCAGAGCCUUGUGGGAUGCUGGUCUCAAUUAUGGUCACGGGACAGGCCACGGCAUUGGCAACUUCCUGUGUGUGCAUGAGUGGCCAGUGGGAUUCCAGUCCAACAACAUCGCUAUGGCCAAGGGCAUGUUCACUUCCAUUGAACCUGGUUACUAUAAGGAUGGAGAAUUUGGGAUCCGUCUCGAAGACGUGGCUCUCGUGGUAGAAGCAAAGACCAAGUACCCAGGGAGCUACCUGACCUUUGAAGUGGUAUCAUUUGUGCCCUAUGACCGGAACCUCAUCGAUGUCAGCCUGCUGUCUCCCGAGCAUUCUCCUCUUUUGUAAGCUGAGGAUAAGAAUGCCUGCCCAGCUUACUCCCAUUCCCGGGCCUGAAAUGUACCCACCCCACCGCCCAUGAAUAUCACCAUGACAUGAAACAGCCAGCCAGGGGAACUGCCUCUGAAAAGCCCCAGAGAAUUCCUGAAGCCUGAUGAUGGUGGGGGACCUGUGGCCAUCUGGACUAUGGUGACAGCUGGAGUACCACAACAGGGGACUGGGCGUCACCAAGACUUCACCUCUUGGCAGCUUGGCUUGGAGAGGCUGUCACCCCUUCUAUCCUUCGCAGCUCCAGUACCUGAAUCGCUACUACCAGACCAUCCGGGAGAAGGUGGGUCCAGAGCUGCAGAGGCGCCAGCUACUAGAGGAGUUUGAGUGGCUUCAACAGCACACAGAGCCCCUGGCCGCCAGGGCCCCAGACACCGCCUCCUGGGCCUCUGUGUUAGUGGUCUCCACCCUUGCCAUCCUUGGCUGGAGUGUCUAGAGGCUCCAGACUCUCCUGUUAACCCUCCAUCUAGAUGGGGGGCUCCCUUGCUCAGCUCCCCUCACCCUGCACUGAACAUACCCCAAGAGCCCCUGCUGGCCCAUUGCCUGGAAACCUUUGCAUUCAUCCUCCUUCUCCAAGACCAGGCCCCAGGAACACAGGGCUUCUUGGCCCCAGACGGCACCUCCCUGCACCCCGGGGUUGUAUACCACACCCUGGGCCCCUAAUCCCAGGCUCCGAGAUAGGAAAGCCAGCUAGUCUCUUCUCUUCUGUGAUCUCAGUAGGCCUAACCUAUAACCUAGCACAGACUGCUACAGCUGCUCCCCUCCCGCCAAACAAAACCCCAAGAGAGCAAUGCCCCUACCACCCAAGGGUGCCAUGGUCCCAGGAGAGCCCAAACCUAUCACCACCUGUUGGGCAUAGCCAGAGCUGUUCCCACCCAGCCAGGGCAUGAAACAUCAACCCCCCACAUGUGAACCCAUCAUUCCUAAACCCUGGGUAGGCUCCAUGCCAAGUAACAGCAGAGGGAGUUAAGCCAUAGGAAUUUGGCUGUGGAGUAAGAGGGAAUGCGGUGAGGCACUCUAGAAUAUGACCCUACCAGAGGUUGGAGAACAAACUUGGGCAGCCGGAACCCGUCACUAUUCUAGACUUCCCUGGCAUUCGAGGAGCCCUUUGAACUUUCCAAAGUGCAGCCACAGCUACAAUGCUGUUAAAUCCUCCCGCAUUCUUGGAUGCCCCUUCACCUUGUGUGGACAGUGUCUGGUUUCUCCAUUUUACAGACAGGAAAACUGAGCUUCAGACAGGGGGUGGGCUUUGCCUAAGGACACACGAAUUUGGUUGGGAGUUGAUGGGGCCAGAUGAGCCAGCAUUCCAGCUCUUUCACCCUUCAGCAACAUGCAGAGUCCCUGAGCCCACCUCCCAGCCCUCUCCUCAUUCUCUGAGCCCACUGUGGUGAGAAGAAUUUGCUCCGGCCAAAUUGGCCGUUAGCCACCUGGGUCCACAUCCUGCUAAGACGUUUAAAACAGCCUAACAAAGACACUUGCCUCUGG